CAAAAACCUCAAAAACACGUUCGCUCGCCAGCAGCCGUCAAAACAGUUCUUCGCGGUGAAAAAGUUAGUGCUUAGUCGUUACGGUUAGAAAAAGUGAAUGUGCUGACGUGAAAAAGCUACACCCGAAGGAUUGAUUGUGGCGAAGCAUCACUGUUAGUUUCCUCUUGAAUUUGAAAGAGUCCUAAAUGUACCAAUCGUUUUUAGUUUCCUUCAGUAGAAUAGCACUUUUCCGGAACGGUGCCAAGUUCAAGCCAACAUCUUUUUCCCGCAGCCCAAAUUGGUUAAACGUUGGUGAAAGUGGAAAAUUUCAUCAUCCUUGGAAUCGAUCUAUUAGUCAGCAAGUAACAGCCAGCCAGAAAGCAUUUUCGUGGGGCUCCAACAAGAAGCAUCGUGACUUUAAGUUAAAAGCUCAACUGCUGGAAAAUAUGGCUUCGGAUCCGAAAAUUGAGGAGGUGUUGGCUCCGUUGCGGAUGGCAGUCAAAGAACAGGGUGAUUUGGUAAGGAAAUUAAAAGCUGAUGGGGCACCGGAAAUAGAUGUGAAGAAGGCUGUCAACGAGCUGAAGGCUCGAAAGAAGAUCCUUGAAGAUAAGGAGCUAAGCCUAGCUCCUUCGGUUGCAAGCUUCGAUAGGGCAAGAAUGGAAGAUCUGUUGAAACGAAGGUUCUUUUAUGAUCAAAGUUUCGCGAUUUAUGGCGGAAUCACCGGUCAGUACGAUUUUGGUCCGAUGGGUUGUGCAUUGAAAUCCAAUAUGAUCAACACCUGGAGACAGUUCUUCGUGCUUGAAGAACAAAUGUUGGAGGUGGAUUGCUCGAUCCUCACGCCGGAACCGGUUUUAAAAGCUUCUGGACACGUCGAUCGGUUCGCAGAUCUGAUGGUGAAAGAUGUGAAAAAUGGCGAGUGUUUCCGACUGGAUCAUUUGAUUAAGAAUCAUUUGGAGAAGGCUGCUGCCGCAAAGGACGCAACGGCAGCUUUGAAGGAUGAAUGUUCUGACAUCGUUAUUAAAUUGGACGGAAUGACCAAGGACGAGAUGGCUGCAAUUUUGCAGAAGUUCAACAUGAAGAGUCCAACUACAGGAAAUGACCUAACAGAGCCUAUUGAGUUCAACCUCAUGUUUGGAACUCAGAUUGGGCCAACCGGUUUAGUGAAAGGAUUUCUCCGACCAGAAACAGCUCAGGGAAUAUUUGUCAAUUUCAAGCGUUUGUUGGAAUUUAACCAAGGCAAACUCCCAUUUGCAGCAGCUCAAAUUGGCAAUUCGUUCCGGAAUGAGAUUUCACCACGAUCAGGGCUUAUCCGUGUGCGUGAGUUCACCAUGUGUGAGAUUGAGCAUUUCUGUGACCCGCAGCAUAAGGAUCAUCCCAAGUUCGAGAACGUAAAGGAUAUCGUCAUGACACUGUACUCGGCGUGCAAUCAAAUGGACGGCAAAAGCGCCCAACAGAUUACGAUAGGAGAAGCUGUUGGAAGCGGUUUGGUCGCUAACGAAACACUGGGCUACUUCAUGGCUCGGAUUCAACAAUUCAUGCUGAAGAUCGGAAUACUUCCUGAGCGACUUCGCUUCCGUCAACAUAUGGGCAACGAAAUGGCUCACUAUGCUUGCGAUUGUUGGGAUGCGGAGUGUUUAACUAGUUACGGUUGGAUUGAAUGCGUUGGAUGUGCUGAUCGAUCUGCUUACGAUCUUACCCAGCAUACUAAUGCUACCGGCGUGAAAUUGGUUGCGGAGAAAAAACUGCCAGCUCCAAAAACCAUCGAGGUUACCGAAGUGGUUCCGAACAAAGCUGUUUUAGGAAAGGUUUUCAAGAAAGAAGCCAAGAAUAUUACUGACUUGUUAGCGAACUUGAGCCUUUCUGACGUGGAAACUAUUGGCAACAAUCUUGCCGAUAAGGGAGAGCAUGUCAUAGAUCUCAAUGGAUCUGCAGUAAUUCUGAAAAGCGACAUGAUUGCCGUGAAAACGACUUCAAAAACGAUCCACGUGGAGGAAAUCACCCCCAGUGUGAUUGAGCCAUCGUUCGGUGUAGGACGCAUCAUGUACUCGCUGUUGGAGCAUAGCUUCCAAAUGCGCGAAGGCGACGAACAGCGUGGUUACUUUUCACUACCUCCAAUCGUAGCACCGUUGAAGUGCUCUGUUUUGCCUCUAAGCAACAACGCGGAGUUUGUACCCUUCGUCAAGAAGAUUUCGUCCGCACUUACCAACGUUGACAUUUCCCAUAAGGUGGAUGACUCGAGCGGAUCUAUCGGUCGUCGUUAUGCUCGUACUGACGAAAUUGCCAUCCCUUACGGUAUAACGAUCGAUUUUGACACUCUGAAGGAACCAAACAGUGUAACCCUACGCGAACGGGAUUCAAUGAAGCAAGUUCGAGUUGGGCUAGAUGAAGUGUCCCAAGUGGUACGUGAUUUGGCCACCAGCCGAUUAAGCUGGAUCGAGGUAGAAGCCAAAUAUCCCAAGUUUGAACAGCAGGAAGCCAGCACCAAGUAAGGAAUGAAGAUGGCGUAAAAACAUGAUGAAUUUGCAUUUGGGUACUAGUACUGGGUACUGAGAGGCAAAAAAAAGACCUUUUAAAAACGUGAAAAAAAAUCAACGCAAUGAUUAUGUAUUUUGAAAAGUCUAAAAUACUUUCUGCAUUAAGUUAAACAAAUAAGUGCAUUUGCUUCGAAAUAAAAGUCAGAGCAUUUUAUUAGCUUA